AUGUUGUCAGCCUUGCCCAACCGACUCCGCAGUCGUCGUGUGAUCCUCGCAUCGCAGAGUCCUCGUCGUCUGGAACUUCUCCGUGACUGCGGUCUCACCUUCGAAGUAAUCCCAUCCACUUUCGAGGAAAACCUUCCCAAGGAGCGGUUCCCGACACCCGAUCUCUAUGUGAUCGAGAACGCCAAGCAAAAGGCUCUAGAGGUUUUAAACCGCGUGUCCAGAGACAAGGACGAUAAGCUCCCAACGGUUGUGAUUGGAUGUGAUACAGUUGUGGUGCAGGACGGCGUGAUCCUCGAAAAACCCAAAGACGAGGAGGACGCCUUCAACAUGCUGGCCAAGUUGUCCGAUCGCCCGCACGAGGUGUUCUCUGGCGUAGCGCUCUUCACCGCUGAGAGGGGCGUGGACAACCCGCACCUAUUCUUUGAAAAGACCAGUCUGGUCUUCGGUCCACUGGAGCCGGAGGAUAUUCGCGCUUACAUUGCAACGGGGGAGCCCAUGGACAAGGCCGGAUCUUACGGACUACAAGGACGCGCGCGGUGCUUCGUCCAGGAGGUUCACGGCUGCACCAACAAUGUCAUUGGCUUCCCAGUGCAACGCUUUUGCAAGGAACUCAAGGUGGUUGCAUCCCGCAACGAACUUUAG